AUGGGGCAUCGCUGGAUUCGGAGAGCGUCACCCCACGCCGUCUGGCUCGUACGCCCUCCUCUCCCCGCCUUGUUUGUAAGCGUCACCUUUCCCUCAUCCCCUCCCAUCUCCAUCCGAGCCCACCUCUUCCCCUCGCCCCUCCCUUCCCCACACCUCCAAUCCCUCCUCUCACCUUCCCUCUCCGUUCCGCCGCAACCACUCAUAGCCUACCAUCCCCUACGCCCCGCGAGUAGCGAUCUGGCGAGCCAAACCAUACGAAACAAAAACCAGAGGACAGCAAUGAGCCAUCCCGCGCUGGUCCUGCUGGGGCUGGUUGUGACGGGUGCCCUGGUGCUGUCUGUGCGUCAUGCUGCCUUAGUGAUCGCCUCCCACGGCGGCCAGAGCAGCACGAGUGGUCAAAGUGAAGGUGAGGCUAAAAGUGGCACUGGUGGUGCUGCUGGUGGUACUAGCAGACCUCGAGUGUUCACAGUGCAGGUGAGAAAGUACGAGGCAGUGGUGCCGAGGGUGGCGCUGGUGGCGCUAGCGGUGGUGCUAGCUGGUGCUGUGGCUGCGGGUGUGCGUCAUUGA